AAGGAAAUAACAGGCACUUCGGCUAUUUUUACGAUACGCUUCGGAUGUAUUCGGGAUUGUUCGUCACUGCCGAAUAAUAUCGAGUCAAACAAGCUAAAACACGAGAUUAAAAUGCUUGUGAUUGCUCGUCACUCCACUCUUUCAUAACUUUACCCAAUCUAGCUGUAUGAUAAUCAUGAUAAUAUAGUAUAGAGAUAUGACACAUAUAAAUCAAUAAAUCUAUUAGAUUCGAAGUUAUCUUUGUUAUUUUUUCUCUCUCAUUAUCGCAUAUUACAUCGCACCAAUCUGUUAUAUGUUAUUAUGACUCGCAUUCUAAGGAUAUUUAAGUUCUGAUCUUCCGACCAGUUAUUACGAAUUACAAGGUGAUCAAGACAUCGCAUUUUUUAUUGUUCAAGUUCACAUUCUAGUGUCAAGUUAUAUAUAUAUAAUAUAUAUCGUGCACAUCAUAAGUAAGUUCACAUUUUCACAUAUCUUGAAACGAAAAAUGAUGUCGUUCGCAGGGAAAGUUGUUCUAAUAACAGGAGCCAGCUCAGGAAUUGGAGCUGCGACAGCUGUUCACCUGGCUCAGCUUGGUGCGUCACUGUCAAUAAGUGGACGCAAUAAAGAUAAUUUAAAUAAAGUAGCCGAACAAUGCGGAAAGUCUAAGCCAUUUAUUGUGACAGGAGAACUAACUAAUGAAACUGAUGUGAAAAAUAUUAUUGAUUUAACAAUCAAGCAUUAUGGCAAAUUAGAUGUUUUAAUUAAUAAUGCUGGAAUUUUGGAAAGUGGUAGUAUAGAAUCUACAAGCCUGGAACAAUAUGACAACGUUUUCAAUAUAAACGUUCGUUCAGUGUACCAAUUGACAGCACUGGCAGUGCCACAUUUAAUCAAAACAAAAGGCAAUAUUGUCAAUGUUUCUAGUGUAACCGGAUUACGAUCUUUUCCAAAUUGUUUGGCAUAUUGUAUGAGUAAAGCAGCUCUGGAUCAAUUUACACGUUGUAUUGCUUUGGAGUUGGGACCAAAACAGGUGCGUGUGAAUGCUGUGAACCCUGGUGUUGUAAUAACAAAUCUUCACCGCAGUAGUGGAAUGGAUGAAGAACAGCUGAAAACCUUUUUUGAGCAUGCCAAAGAAACGCAUAUUCUAGGAAGACCAGGCGAUGUUACAGAAGUCGCAAAGUCUAUUGCAUUUUUAGCAAGUGAUGAUGCUACUUUUAUUACAGGCGCAACAUUACCUGUGGAUGGAGGUAGACAUGCAAUGUGCCCUCGUUAAAAAUCUUACAUCAUAUUUUAU